UAUUUAGACAGAGUUACUUACUCCUGCAGCACCCGGGAAAACUCCUCUGCAUCCGUUUGAAUAAAAACAAACAGUUGAAGAUUAAAAUGGGCUGCUUCACAUUCGUCAAACUGAUGAUGGUCUUGUUCAACUUGCUUAUCUCUCUCGGGGGCCUGACGCUGCUUGCCAUGGGGAUCUGGGUGACCGUGGAUGGAAGUUCCUUCCUGAAACUGCUGGGGCCAUUCUCAAGCCAAAACAUGCAGUUUGUCAACGUGGGCUUUUUCUGCAUCGCCAUCGGGAUUCUGCUGGUGCUGCUGGGGCUUCUGGGAUGCUGUGGGGCUCACAAAGAGAGCAAAUGUCUGCUGCUCACGUUCUUCUCCAUCAUCCUCAUCAUCUUCAUCGCUGAAGUGGCAGCAGGAGUUGUCGCUCUGGCCUACUCCUCAUUUGCUGAGGGGAUCCUCAAAGCGUGGGCGACCCCGACUUUACAGAAUGAUUACGGUCAAGAGCCUGUGGUCACUAAGAUCUGGAACACCACCAUGACAGAGCUGAGAUGCUGCGGUUUCACCAACUACACAGACUUUUUGGGCUCAAACUUUGAAAAAGAGAAUGGGGGCAGUCUGCCGCCCAGCUGCUGCUGGACCAACAACGCCCCCUGCAGCCCCGGCGAGGCAGAGCGCAGUGCUGUGCAGGGCUGUUUUGAACACAUCCUGGAGGUCUUCCAAGAACAUGCCAACAUUGUGGGAGGAAUCGCAGCUGGGAUCGGAGUCUUAGAGAUUGCUGCCAUGAUAGUGUCCAUGUAUCUCUACUGCCGCCUGGACAAAAGAGUGAGCUGAAGCUCCGUCACAGGAAACAUGGACAGGCGUGAGCGACGCAUCAUAUUAGCAACGUCCCGUCUUCGCUUGCUCUUUUUCUUUCUUUUUAUGGAAAUGCCUGAUUUCACUAUAAACUCCAGAGUGUGACGCGACACAAUGAGUUAGUC